AGUUGCCUAAGCACAGCACAGUGCACAGAGCAACACAGUUGUGUUUGGUAACUACUUUGAAAAGAGUAUCUGGAUAUAAGAUAUGUAUUGAAGAAGAUAUAUGAUCGAAACAACAAUACAUGUUGUCAACAAGUGCAUUUCUUAAACCGUACAGACAGUUUUAAAAUGCAUUUAGGAGGACAGACGAGACGAAGCGACACCUGUACUGUGAUUAUGAUGAUAUGAGCUUGACUGUAAACCCUUAUCCUGUUUGGCAUGCAGGUACUAGUUGGAUGUUGAGUAUGGGGGAAGUCUCAGGGCAGUCUGAGGCGGAGCAAAUGAUGCAGGAAAGUGGAUCGACCACUCACCUCUCCCCACUCAGGAUCAGCCCCCACCCAUGCUAGCAGUGGGUAGCUAGCAGCAACAUUUCCGAGCUGUCAUACUCACAGACUGGCCUCACCACUCCUCAGUGACUCAUGCUGGGACAUUUAACUCUAUAAAACCAACGGAACGUGAACAUGUUGCGAAACUAAUGUCGCAACCUUUGCUUCUACUAUACUACUCCAGUUUCCGGUCGGCGUUGUUGUUAUCCUAUAGUUAUGUAUGUGUACAAGCUAACAAGGAGAUCCAGAGGUUAGCUCGCCUUUGAAGCUGCUGAAGUCGAUGCUUGCUCAUGGAGGACUCCUACAGGUAUUAGUCAAGAGGAUUUACGAGAAGACAGACCAGUGGAGAUUCACCCUCGGUUUCUUUGCCAUGGGGAAUGCCUGCAGUAAUCAUCUUGGGAUCCCUCCAGCAAAGGGUCCCAAUCCUGUGGGAUGCACCGAUUUUAUGAUGGACCAUACUGAACAGGGCACCUUCUUCCGGCUCUACUACCCCUGUCAAGAGACUGACAAAGCAGAAAAACCAGACUGGGUACCGUGCAGUGAAUAUUUUAAUGGUCUGGCUGACUUCAUGAAAAUCAACAGGUCUCUCAGUGAAAGGAUUUUCAGCUACCUCUUUGGGUCAUUCAAGAUCCCAGCCUACUUGGAUGUUCCAUUUAAAUCAACUGGGAAGUGUCCUGUAGUUAUCUUCUCCCAUGGUCUUGGAGCCUUUAGGACUUUGUAUUCAGCUAUAUGUGCGGAGCUGGCCUCUCAGGGCUUCAUUGUGGCAUCAGUGGAGCACAGAGACCAGUCAGCGUCCGCUACGUUUUAUUAUCGUGAGAAGGCAGAAUCUGAGCAGGCGGAUGACAAUGUGCCCAAAACAUCGGCCUCAGCUCCGCACAACCUGGUGAAAGAGUGGAUGUACUACAGAACUCUGAAGCACGGAGAGACUGAGUUUCCUCUCCGAAAUAAACAGGUGAAGCAGAGGGCAGAUGAAUGCAUCCGGGCUCUGGACAAACUCAUUGAAAUGAACUCAGGGAUACCAGUGCAAAAUGUUUUACAAACAAAGUUUGACUGGACAACAUUGGAGAACUCCAUGGAUCUUUGUAAAAUAGCCGUGAUGGGACAUUCAUUUGGUGGAGCGACAGUGAUUGAAUCUCUGUGCAAAGAGGUUAAAUUCAAGUGUGGUGUCGCUCUGGAUGCCUGGAUGUUCCCCUUAGAUGAUGAACUAUUUGCACGAGUGAGGCAGCCGAUCUUCUUCAUCAACUCGGAGAAGUUCCAGUGGGCGGGGAACAUCAGCCGCAUGAAGAAGCUCGACUCAGCUGUUAUUCCAAGAAAGAUGAUCACUAUCAAAGGUACAGUCCACCAGAGCUUCCCAGACUUCACCUUCCUGACUGGCAACUGGAUUGGGAAGCUGAUGAAGCUGAAGGGAGAGAUCGACCCAGAGCUCGCCAUAGACCUCAGCAACAAAGCAUCACUUGCCUUUCUGCAACGCCAUCUCGGUCUCAAUAAGAACUUUAACCAGUGGGAUCCUCUGAUCGAUGGGCAGGAUGAUAACCUCAUUCAAGGAACGAAUGUCACUGUGCUUCAGUCUGCCAUCUGAACUGCCUUUAACACAGCAAACGAAACCUGAGGCUCUAGCUUCCCCUCCUACUUGGGAGGCAGUUGGAUAGUCUCAACAUGUCAGACUAGGCUUACUUGGCAUUGGAAGGUACGGAGGAUAACACUUUUGGAGUAGCAGUAGAAAGGAAAGAUAAUCUCUACCUCACCAGCAGGAAAGAUGUUUUUUUUUUCUGAACAGAUGAAACACUGGGUGGAUCAGUGUUUGUCUCAUGAGGCCUGAAUGUUGCGUACGAGCAGCUGAACACUUCUUCUUUUCACCGUUAGUGAAACUUCACUAUUCACUAUGACCUUAAUGCAAUUAUUUGACUCUUCUCAUUUUGAGUGUACAUGAAGCCUAUUGAGAUCAUGUUAUUUUGCACAAAUGUUUGUCUUCUUGGAUUUGAGUUUCCAGCAGAGACAAGUUCCACUAAGGGUGCUGUGUGAGAAUGUAAUGAGGCCUUGGCUGGCUUUAGGUAGUAUUAAUGAUUUAAUAUAAAGCUUUUAAAUAGCAAACAUCCAUCCUGAUUAGAUAGAUUACUUGAAUGAGCCGGUCAGUUUAAUUUGAAGAAAUUCAAAGCUUAAAAAUUUCACAUGCCAUAAUUCAGUUUUAUACAUUCUGUGUGACUGACGGCUUUCUACUUUUAUAUAUUUUUCAGUGUAAAUAUGUGACAUUUAUACACAACAUAUAUCCAAUAAAUCUGGUUCAUAUGGGUACA